UCUCACUGUCAGCUGGGAGACGAGCAAGACGCUUCUUUGCUUGUUUUCUUCACACCUCACUAAAUACUGGAUUAACUGUUUUUCCCUUCAUGGAAAAUUGACAAUUUUUUUUUAAGAUAACCUCUUCAGAAACAGGUUGUCUGAGCUUCCACACUCCUCCUCGCCACAAUGAGUUGGGGGGCGCUCUAUGCCCAGCUGGGCGGUGUCAACAAACACUCCACCAGUCUAGGAAAGAUCUGGCUCUCUGUCCUUUUCAUCUUCCGCAUCACUAUCCUGGUUCUGGCUGCUGAGAGCGUCUGGGGAGACGAGCAGUCAGACUUCACAUGCAACACGCAGCAGCCUGGCUGCAAAAACGUCUGCUAUGACCACUUCUUUCCUGUGUCGCAUAUCCGCUUGUGGUGCCUGCAGCUGAUAUUUGUGUCCACCCCAGCUCUGCUGGUGGCCAUGCAUGUGGCCUACAGGAAACGUGGGGAUAAGAGGACCAUGCUGGCCUCCAACGGCACUGAGAAGAUGACAGAUAAUGACCUGGAGACACUGAAGAAGAGGCGUCUGCCAAUCACAGGCCCACUGUGGUGGACCUACACCUGCAGCUUGUUCUUCCGCCUCAUCUUUGAGGGCGGCUUCAUGUACGCGCUGUACAUGGUCUACGACGGCUUCCAGAUGCCCCGGCUGGUAAAGUGCGAGCAGUGGCCCUGCCCCAACAAGGUGGACUGCUUCAUCUCCAGGCCAACAGAGAAAACCAUCUUCACCAUCUUCAUGGUGUCCUCGUCAGCGAUCUGUAUGGUGCUUAACGUUGCAGAGCUGUGUUAUCUCAUCGUCAAGGCACUCAUGAGGUGCUCCAACAAGAGGAAACACCUGUACACCCACACCGACAGCAUGACACGGGACAGUGCCCAUCUGGAGAACAAGAAGAACGAGAUGCUGUUGUCUCCUACACCUGAUUCGACCAGGGACAAGAUGUGUUGAAAGAAAGAUAUGGGGAGGUACCAGAGAGGAAGAAAAGCAGAAACUGUAAAUCCAGCCAUCUAUAAUGGUAACCUUACUUUCCUCACUGUGGGUGUACGGUGGAGGUUUUGAUGUAAUGUUCACAGUUUAAUGUUGCUUGAGUGUUUUGAAGAGAAGAAUCAGUCUACACUGACACCUAGUGGUGGUUGGUGAAACCCCCACCCCCCCACCCCCACGAGCACAAACACUUUACUCAAAGCCUGAAUGAUUUAUCUGGUGUUGAAGAGAAAGGAGAACAAAUGAAGUCAUGAAAACUGAAGCAGAAAAAUAAGGUGAAGUUUGAAACUAGUUAUUCUUUCUAUGAGUGAUGCUAGAGUUUUUCAUUUUUAUAUGUGUAUAAUAUAAUUACUGAGUGUGUUGCACAAGAUUACACUGACAAAAGCUUUUUAUAACAUGAUGCAAUUUUACCCACCACACCACAGCAGUUUUCUCUUUGCUGUUCAAUCAAAUGAGAAUGUUUUGUGUUUUUUUGUCUUUUACUUGAACUAAAAGUGUAGGAAGGGUUUCAUUAUGUGAGUUAAAUAACCUAAACAAACUGUGUGUGCAAAAUAUGUAUGUUUUGGCUGUAUAAGAUGUUUUUUAAGAGCAAGAAAUGUCUCUAACAAAUCAUAUUGCAUCACUGAUCUGGAUCUAAGUCUAAAAAAAUAGAGGUAAAAGUUAAUGUCACAUGAGACAGAAAUAUUAAUUCAGAAACACUGAGGUGUGUUAAAACAUGCAAAGUGUUAUUUUAAAUUACAACAUGCUUGAGGUUUCUGAGGAUAUCUAAUUUGUCAGACUCACAGUGAUUUUUAGUUAUGAAUCAAUGAUUAUUUGACUCCAGCUUUUUGCAUUUGUAACACUUAUAUUCGCCCCCUGAAGCAGGAUUAUGAAAUUUAAACAAGUAUUAUGUCAUUGCUUCUGAAGGUGAUUAAUUGUCUUCAUUGGUCUUGAAGUUGAGUCUAACUGUUAAUCUUUGCUUUAUGAAACACCAUCCAGCCUGGACCUGGUCCUCCUGUGUUAUUUGGACUUGUGUUGUCGCUGCAGUGUGUACUGACCCCAGCUGGCUGUAUCAGCUUUCAGCAAGUGCCUUAUUUUAGCCACCACACUAAUCGCUGCUCGCCCUCUUAACAUGAGGAACUACGGGCCGAUCUCAAAGAGAAAAUGUCUUUGUGUUCCCUCCAAUCCAGGAAUAGCUGAGUUGGAUUAGUCGCAUCUGUGUUGUUAAAAUAAAUCGCUUUAUGUGAACGGACAAUAGUGAUAAGAAAAUAUUGGAAAGGAACUAUGAGAGACACAUUGGACCAGAAAUUCUAAAAAGAAGAUCUGGAUGAGUCACUUAUUGACAUUACAUAGCUGAUGCAGCUCUGUGUAGUUAGAGCAUGAAGUGUAAUGUUGACAUUUUGAAGUGGGCGAGAAAUAUUUUGACCAAAGAUCCAAAAAGUCAUGCGUCAUCCCAGAUGAUGCAGAUGCAAGAAUAAUAUUUGUGAUUUUUAAUUUUGUAUGUUUGACCUCUUCCUUUCUGUAAUAGCCAUUUUGAUGCAAACUUUGUGAUAGCAAUCAUUUUUAAGGGACACACUUGAUCAUUCCAGUCCCAAGAUGUUGUUUUUGUAACUUUUUGGAUAACUCUACAUUUAGUAGUCUGCCUUAACAGCACACAAUGUACUAAUGAACAGACAGCUUUCUGAACAAACAAAUGAAGAUAUGAAAAGUUGGUGAUUGUGUUU